UCGUCCCAAGGAUUCGGCAGGAUCUCAAGACCUCAACGAAAUGCCCGGUUUCCACACGUGUUGCGAAUGCCAGAAAACAUACAAGUCUCGGAUGGCCCUCAACCGGCAUGUGCGAGAGGAAUGCGGCAGAAUCUUGUAUACCUGUCCAUAUUGUCGCAACAUCAUGCCAAUGAAGUUCAAUUUAUUGAACCACCUGAAGAAGGAGCAUGGUUGCUAAGAUUUAACUCGUCGACUGAUUGUCGAAGAAUCAAUUCUCUUAUCCGCUUCGCGAUCGAUUGAUGUUAAUACUGCUUCUCUACGAAAACAGACGAAACUUUCUUGGAAACUCGACGGUUCAACCUUAUGCGUUUUACAAUUAUAAUUAAAAAUAAUUUGAGAGAUAUUUGGUGCUUUAUGUGCCGCGAGAAAUUAAUGAAAUUUUAUAUGGUGUGGCACCUUUUGCUAUGUAAAACAAGUUCAUUAAUAUUAACAUAAAUAUGCAAUGUUGAUAGAUUAUAUUGUUAAAUAAUUGUCUAAGUCAAAAAUAUCUCUAAGCCAUAUCUUUUCUGAUGAUAGAAUAUUGUAGAAGUUAUUAUACACAUCUUUUUAAACUAUGUUAAUGUUACUUAUAAUUCACAAUAGAUUUUGUGACAGAGAUGAUAGAUUUUAUGUUCUUUUUGUCUUUUCCAUUAAAUUUUGUAACUAUUAUAAGAGUAAUUUUUAUUGGCAGACUCGCUUUUAUUUUUAUAAACUAAUAAAACUUCGCGUGUGAUUAUCGAUGUUUAUUCAACCGGUACGAUAUAUAUAUUGUUUUUACUACACUGUAAAAUUUAAUAAUUUUUUUGAAUUUUAAACAUUAUUCACAUUAGGCAAAAGUAAUCGAUAUUUGAGAGGAAUUUUGGAUAGCUGAAGAUUCACCAAUAAACGAAACAACAAGUUUAGUUUUUUCAUUAAACAAAAUCGUAAGAAAAACUCCUUUACAUACGAUAAAAGUACAAGAAAUUUGUUAGUUAAAUGGAUAAUAGUAAUAAAUAUGUUUGAAGAUGUA